UAAUCCCUCAACUCCGCAAUCCCACGGUUGAGUUGUCUGUUCCCAUAAACCUCAACGUGCCCCCCGAGUUCCCGCCAGCAGCCGGGGGCAGCUCCUGAUGGCAGGCUUCAUACAGCCUGGAGACAUUAUUAACUUUGGACGGUUGGCCUGGGAUAUUUACCGCUACGGCUGGUCCGACGAUCUUAACGCAACGAGACAAUACGCCGAGUUUGGCAGAGACGUCAAGUACCUCGCCGAAAGCCUCGACAUCCUCACCAGCGUCGUCACCCAGGCCAACUCGUCACUUCAAAGGCAAGCCGGAUACAACGCAGUAGCGCGAUGGGAUCGUACGUCCUUGGGCCAGAUUAUUGGCGACUAUCAUGCCACGCUUCGUGAAUGUCAAGAAUUACUAAGAUCGAAUGAGCGGUACCGCACGGGGGGCAAUCCGUUGCGCAAUAUUGAAUGGAACGUGCUCGUUCAACCCACCGCCGAUCAGCUGCGUCAGCGAAUUUCUCUUCACAACUCCAAAGUUCUUCAUGUAUUGAAGCCCUUCGAGAUCGAUCUCCUCUGUAGGGUCCGGCAGGAUAUUCAGCAUAUGCACAACGACCUUGUUCAGAGGAUCAACGCCGUUCAUCAUGACAUCUAUCGAAUCAUGGGCGUGCUCGUCCCUGACCUCGAACAGGCGCUCAACCAACAGGCCCAUCGCCGUAUCGUUCUCCUCGAUGUUCCAAUCGACGUGGCAGAACGAUUUCGAUUCGAGGCCCUCACGGAUCGACCGGAAUACCGCACUGACGCCGAUUUUGAGCUUGGGGAACUGUCUGAUGCCUUCAUCUUGAACUUCAACAAGGCAACCAUCAACUUUCGGAGCGGUAUGGUCGUCACAGAGCGUAUCCCGCCUACCGACCAAUACCUCAACCUCCUGAAGUGCGUCUGGCUUUUUAAAAGGAUUCGAGAGUCGCCACCCCUCCAGAACGUAGACUAUGAAUCGCACUGGCCUUCAUAUGUCCGGCAGCUCGAAGACGACCUUUCGACCCAAUGCACUCGAUUUGGGCAAGAACUUGUCCAACCGGACUUGAUUACCCCGAUGAUGAGGCGAGAUCUAUUCUCAAUCUGGCCGGAGAGAGAGCCAACGCCGCUCGUGCCUGUCGUGACUGGGGACGAGAUGAUGGAGCAACUACUCGAAGUACCGUUGAAGAGCCCUGCAGCAAAUGUCGAACAGACGGCCAAGCUUCUUAGGCGCAUGGGCGCGGAUGGCCGCAGGUUUCGGAUCAUGAUCACAGGCACUGAGCAGACGCCAUCAGGGCGACCGCGACGACAAACCGAGGUGAUUGACUUUGAUAUCACUUCUGUAAUCAUCAACCCGCAAUAUGCCCUGCCAAAUAACCCCGGGAUGAUAAGGGAGGUGAUUCUUCGACGGGACGAGAGGAUCGCCAGGAUGGCGUUUACGAAGUUGAGUCAUGUCCUCAAAUUCCAACAGGCCAUCACAGGUUUUAAACCCUACGAAUCAUAUACACAAUACAACGUCAUGGUCAGCUUCGUUGUCGUCGGACGCAAAGAUCCCCUCGUUGAGAGAGCAUCCAUCCAACUCUGGAUUCCAAAGGAGGUUGAUGGGUCACUGGUCACUACUAGUGACGCCGCAGCAGCUGCGACACAAAUUCCUUCUCCUUCUCGGACAGGCUCAAUGGCAACAUCCAGCUUUGGAGCCGCACCCACUUCGCCAGGCUUCGGCCGUGAUACCUUUACAGCGUCACCGAGCCCAUUUAGAAUGUCCGGGGAACGUCUCUCGACGAGUCCACCCGGCCGGCAACCCGGUCUCCAGACAAUCCCACAACGACAACCUCCCAGCCCGGGAAUGUUUUCCACGUCGUGGCCACGGCAAGGCUCACCAGCUGCCAUGGGUACUACCCCACCAGAUCGACAAAGCUUCAUGGGAAACGUACAGUCACCAGAUAGACAAAGCGGCUUUUGGGGAAAUAUUCAGUCACCGGUUCGAAGGCCAGUCGGUCAACCACCAUCAUCGCGCCGGAGCAGCACCUUAGCCACUACCAACGGGACCUCACCUGGUCGCUCGCUCAGUAUCUCUAGCGCCGUUUCGACAAGCGCUGUCUCCAAUACCAGCAACUCGUCAGGGAGCGAUGUGCGCAGCACAACAAUAUCGACAGGGACCAAUACAACAGGCCUCUUGCAUCGACGACCGCCGAAGCCAAUGUUAGUGCUCUUCACGCAGAACCCGCAAGACGGCAAGUCGUCGUUCGUCACGGUUCAGAUCGACGAGGAGACGUCUGUGAACCCCGAUCGCUGCAACUGUCGGAGGUCCGGGCGAGAGGGAACAAUGUGUCCUAUUGCCGCCAUCGAGAGGCGUGGAGGUGACGCUGACCUGCCCGCGCGGCGCUACGAGUCGACUUCCUUGACGGGGGGAGAGAUGGACUGGAAUAUUGCGCGCCUCGCGCUCAAUAACCCAGCAUCGACGAGCAACGCCGCCUCGUGGGAAAAGUUAAAGCGCCUGAGCAUCAUGUUUCCAGAACCAACCACCAGAGCAGCGUUCGGGGGGACACCAAACCAGUGUCGUUGUAAGAAUAGAACCGGGGGCGAGCUGACGGACUGCUUGAACAGCGGCCACAAGGGACUGUGGGGUAAGGUGCAGGAAGUUUACAGGAGACAGGCGAAUGCAUACCACCAGUCGAGAUACGGGGCGCAACAGCAGGUUGUAAAUGGGCUGAUGACGAGGAAUGAAUGAACAAGGUUAUACCACAGGACAAGGUUAUGUCAUAUAGAACAAUGUAAGGAUGUGGGUUAAACAUGCUGGGUUGCUGUUGGUUGGCGUAUUAGUGGAGUUUAAUGUCAAUAGAACACGAAAAAGGUAUAGGUAGUCAUGAAUCAAGGGUAUAUUUAGU